AUGGCAAGUACACUGGAUUUCAGGACCCACGUUGACCAGUCGUGCAGAUAUUCUGAAGAAUUUGUCAACAUCUAUUAUGACUGUAUGGACAAGAAAAGAAGGAACCUGACUCGCCUCUACCUGGACAAAGCCACUCUGGUGUGGAAUGGGAAUGCAGUGUCUGGACAGGAGGCGCUGGCUGAGUUUUUUGAGUCUCUUCCCUCCAGUGAAUUCCAAGUUCUUACAUCAGAUUGCCAGCCAGUUCACGAGCAAGCAACUCAAGGCCAGACGACACUGCUCGUGGUGACUUGUGGGCUGGUCAAGUUUGAAGGAAACAAGCAACGUUAUUUCAACCAGAACUUUCUUUUAACGGCACAAGCUUCACCAAACACUGACCAACCAGUGUGGAAAAUUGCCAGCGACUGCUUCCGGUUUCAAGACUGGAAUAGCUGA